AUGACAAAAAAGCUUGCAACCUGUCAAUAUGCAACGGAGAGGAGUAUGCUCAACAUUAAGAAAUUCGAUAGAGUGAAAAACCGCGACAUUAGAAACAAGACAAAAGCUAUUGAUAUUACAUUAAAAAUAAAACGACUUAAGGACUUAGGGCACACACUGAGAGGCCAAGAUAAAUGGAGUAAAAGAGUAACCGUUUCGUAUCCUAGAGGAGGUAAGCGAACGAGAGGUAGACCUCAGAAAAGAUGGGAUGGUGACAUCAAACAAGUGGCAGGAGUGACGUGGAGUAAAGUGGCUCAGGAACGAGCCGAAUGGAAUAGGUUGGAAGAGGCCUUUGGCGAUUGGCAGACGGAUCUGCAAACGAUAAAUAAACAAGAAACGUUGGAAAAUAUUUAG